UAACUGGCACGAGGUUGUGGACAGCUUUGACGAGAUGAACCUGUCGGAGGCGCUGCUGCGCGGGAUCUACGCCUACGGCUUCGAGAAACCCUCGGCCAUCCAGCAGAGAGCCAUCCUGCCUUGUAUCAAAGGCUAUGACGUCAUCGCGCAGGCGCAGUCCGGCACAGGUAAAACCGCCACCUUCGCCAUCUCCAUCCUGCAGCAGGUGGAGCUGGAGCUCAAGGCCACGCAGGCGCUGGUGCUGGCCCCCACCCGCGAGCUCGCCCAGCAGGUACCA